CCUCUGGACACCCUGUGGAUCUGCCUCUUCCUCCCAGAAUGAUCUCGCUGGCUUCUUGGCAGCUGCUGCUUCUCCUCUGUGUGGCCUCUUUUGGGGAGCCACUGGCAAAAAUGGCACCUGUGGUGAACCCUGAACCCACAGGCCAACAGUCCGGACCCCAGGAACUCGUUAAUGCCUGGCAAAAGGGCCUGCGGUAUGCAGAGAGCAAGCCUGGGGCUGCAGGACUGCGCGCUCGCCGAACAUCGCCAUGCCCGCCGGUGGAGAACCCCACCGGGCAACAGCGGCCCCCGUGUGCCGCCCGCAGUCGCCUGAUCCCUGCGCCCCGCGGAUCGGUGCUGGUGCAGCGCGAGAAGGACAUGUCAGCCUACAACUGGAACUCCUUUGGCCUGCGCUACGGCAGGAGGCAGGUGGCGCGGGCGGCACGGGGCUGAGUGCAGGGUUGCAGGUGGAUUGCAGCCCACCCCAUGGCAGAGGCCAAGGCAGGGAGCUUCUAGACUUGUGCAAUAAAAGCAAUGCUGUCGCCUUA